AUGGCGACCGCCUCCUCUUCGGGUAGCAGCAGCCGCGAAAGUACUCAAGCCAACUCCAAAUGGCUGGAUGCCCACUAUGACCCAGUGGCCAACCUGUACACCUUUUCCUCCUGUGUCACUGACACAGGGUCUUCUAUUCCAGCUCUGGUUGACCUGUAUGGUGAUGGGGACUAUAAGCUUGUGGUGGGUGACCUAGGCACUGCCUGGCAUGACAUGAAGCUGAAGGUGUACCGGGGCACGGAUCUGCUGAGCGAGAACGCCCUGCCGGACCUGCCCAGUAGUGUAGCUGCUUUCCUGAUGGAGCAGCAUGAACCACGCACGCCUGCUGUGGCCGUGGCCUCUGGGCCCUUCGUCUAUGUGUACAAGAAUCUCCGUCCCUAUUUCAAGUUUACACUGCCCCCCAUGGAAGUCAACCACUUGGAGAAGGAUGUCUGGGAGCAGGCUAAGGAGGACAAGAUCGACCCUCUGACACUGAAAGAGAUGCUGGAGAUGAUCCGAGAAAAAGCGGACAUUCCCUUGUCUGUUCGGUCCAUGAGGUUCCUGGCCCUCGACUCCACUGAGAUGACCUCAUUUGUGAACCAGUACAAGAUGCAGCCAAUCAAGCGCCAGACAGUGAUCACUUGCAUGUCUACUAUGAAGAAGAACAUGGCCGAUGAGGAUGCCAUCAGCUGCCUGGUGAUUGGGACAGAGAGCAAUGAAAUCCUAGUCUUGGACCCUGAGGCUUUCACUGUCCUGGCAAGGAUGGCUCUGCCAAGCGUGCCAGCUUUCUUGGAUAUCAUGGGCCAGUUUGACGUGGAAUACCGCCUGACAGUGGCUUGCCGUAAUGGAUGCGUUUACAUCUUCCGCAGAGACUCCAAGAGGCCCAAGUACUGCAUUGAACUGAGCUCUCUGCCUGUGGGGUUGGUACGGGUCCAAAAGAACAUUGUGGCUGCCUGUUCGGACCAGACGCUGCAAGGAUACACACAGAAGGGAAAGAAACUCUGGAUGAUCUCACUGCCGGCCACACCGAUGACUGUGAGUCUGAUGGACCAGAAAACCCGGGGUUUCCAGGCUGCACUGGUGGCUUUGGCCAACAUGGAGGUGCACAUUUACCAGGACAAGAGCCUCGUGAGCAUCAUCCGGACGCAGGAUGUGGUCAUCGGUAUCUGCUUUGGGCGCUAUGGCCGGGAGGAUAACACCCUUGUCAUGACAACCAAAGGUGGGGGUUUGAUCAUCAAGAUCUUAAAGCGGACUGCCGUGUUUGAUGGGGGCGAUGCACCUGUAGGGCCCCCCGUUGCCCAGAGCAUCAAGCUGAAUGUGCCCAAGAAGACAAAACUGUAUGUGGACCAGACACUGAGGGAGCGGGAAUGCAGUGUGGCCAUGUAUCAGGUGUUUCAGAUGGAGCUGAACCGCAUCCGCCUGCUGGCAGCACGCACCUAUGCCCGGGCCCUGGAGUCCAGCCUGACCCCCAUCACGGAGACGCUGCAGGAGCCACUCAAGAUGAAUGCCGUGGUCCAGGGCAUUGGCCCCACCUUCAAGCUGACCCUUCACCUCCAGACGACUUCGGCCACCCACCCGGCCAUCAACCUUCUCAUCAGCUUCCUGUACGACGAAGGCCUCUACUCCAUGGCACGUCCCUUCUUCAAGGCUCCUAUGUUGGUCCCUGGGCUCAAUUACCCCCUGGAAACCUUUGUGGAGUGCCUAAGUGACAAAGGGAUCUCUGAUAUUAUUAAGGUGUUUGUGCUGCAGGAGGGAGAGAGCGCCCCGUUGCUGAUGGCGCACAUCAAUAUGCCCGUCAGUGAAGGACUGGCAGCUGCGUGAACAGCCAGGGGGAUGGUGAAAGGGAGAACAGUAGCC